GCUGACACGCUUGGAGGAGUCACCACUCCGUGCGCUGCAGGAGAGCGUGGCAGACGGAGGCGGCCCCGGAGAGCGAGCCGGAGCGACGCCCGCGCGGUGGCGGCUGCAGCGCUGAUUGCACCCAAGGCAGGGGGUCCCCAGCGGCCGGAGCGUUCUGUUUUGAACCCAAAGUGGAUGAUGCUGUUGGGGCUGAACCACUGACCAAAGUCUAUAAAAAAUUCCCAUCUUCUCAUUGGCUAUCAGUUGAGACACAAUGGAAGACUCUUACAAGGAUAGGACUUCACUGGUGAAGGGUGCCAAGGACAUUGCCAAAGUGGUGAAGAAACAAACAGUAAAGAAGGUGAAUCAAGCAGUGGACCGGGCCCAGGAUGAAUACACCCAGAGGUCCUACAAUCGGUUCCAGGACGAAGAAGAAGACGAUGACUAUUACCCACCUGGAGAAACCUACGGUGGGGAGGCCAAUGACGAUGAAGGCUCCAGUGAAGCUACUGAGGGUCACGAUGAAGAUGAUGAAAUCUACGAAGGGGAGUAUCAGGGCAUUCCCAGUACGAACCAAGGGAAAGACAGCAUCGUGUCAAUGGGGCAGCCCAAGGGUGAUGAGUACAAGGACCGGCAGGAGCUGGAGUCAGAGAGGAAAGCUGAUGAGGAAGAACUAGCUCAGCAGUAUGAGCUGAUAAUCCAAGAGUGUGGUCAUGGCCGUUUUCAGUGGACCCUUUUCUUUGUCCUGGGCCUGGCCCUCAUGGCGGACGGUGUGGAGGUGUUUGUUGUUGGCUUUGUGUUGCCCAGCGCCGAAACGGACUUGUGCAUACCAAAUUCCGGAUCCGGGUGGCUAGGCAGCAUAGUCUACCUCGGGAUGAUGGUGGGUGCGUUCUUCUGGGGAGGACUGGCAGACAAAGUGGGAAGGAAACAGUCUCUUCUGAUUUGCAUGUCUGUCAACGGAACCUUUGCCUUCCUUUCUUCGUUUGUCCAAGGUUAUGGCUUCUUUCUCUUCUGUCGCUUACUUUCCGGAUUCGGGAUUGGAGGAGCCAUUCCCAUCGUGUUCUCCUACUUUGCAGAAGUGCUGGCCCGAGAGAAGCGGGGUGAGCAUCUGAGCUGGCUCUGCAUGUUCUGGAUGAUCGGCGGCAUCUACGCCUCUGCCAUGGCCUGGGCCAUCAUCCCGCACUACGGAUGGAGCUUCAGCAUGGGGUCGGCCUACCAGUUUCACAGUUGGCGUGUGUUCGUGAUUGUCUGCGCCCUCCCCUGUGUCUGCUCAGUGGUGGCCCUCACAUUCAUGCCUGAAAGCCCCCGCUUCUUGUUGGAGGUUGGAAAACAUGAUGAAGCUUGGAUGAUUCUGAAGUUAAUUCAUGACACAAACAUGAGGGCACGGGGUCAGCCCGAGAAGGUCUUCACGGUAAACAGAAUCAAAACCCCAAAACAAAUAGAUGAGUUGAUUGAAAUCGAGAGUGACACAGGAACAUGGUACAGGAGGUGUUUCGUUCGGAUCCACACAGAACUGUAUGGAAUUUGGAUGACUUUUAUGAGAUGUUUCCACUACCCAGUUAGGGAAAAUACAAUAAAGCUUACAAUCGUUUGGUUCACCCUGUCCUUUGGGUACUAUGGAUUAUCUGUUUGGUUCCCUGAUGUCAUUAAACAUCUGCAAUCGGAUGAAUAUGCAUUACGAACUAGAAAUGUGCCGAGAGAGAAAUAUGCCAAUUUCAGUAUUAACUUUACAAUGGAAAAUCAGAUUCAUACCGGAAUGGAAUACUACAAUGGCAGAUUCCUCGGGGUCAAGUUCAAAUCUGUAACUUUCAAGGAUUCGCUUUUUAAGGCCUGCACUUUUGAGGAUGUGACUUCAGUCAACACCUACUUCAAGAACUGCACAUUUAUUGACACUGUUUUUGACCACACAGAUUUCGAGGAGUACAAAUUCAUUGACAGUGAAUUUCAAAACUGCUCCUUUUUUCACAAUAAAACGGGAUGCCAGAUUACCUUUGAUGAUGACUACAGUGCCUACUGGAUUUAUUUUGUCAACUUCCUGGGAACAUUGGCGGUGUUACCGGGGAACAUCGUGUCUGCUCUCCUGAUGGACAGAAUCGGGCGCUUGACGAUGCUGGGUGGCUCUAUGGUGCUUUCGGGGAUUAGCUGUUUCUUUCUUUGGUUUGGCACCAGCGAAUCCAUGAUGAUAGGUAUGCUGUGUCUGUACAACGGAUUGACCAUCUCGGCCUGGAACUCUCUGGAUGUAGUCACUGUGGAAAUGUACCCCACAGACCGGAGGGCAACGGGCUUUGGCUUCUUGAACGCACUCUGCAAAGCUGCCGCCGUCCUCGGGAACUUGAUAUUCGGCUCCCUGGUUAGCAUCACCAAAGCAAUCCCCAUCCUGCUGGCCUCCACUGUGCUCGUGUGUGGAGGACUGGUGGGGUUUCGCCUGCCCGACACACAAACCCAGGUCCUGAUGUAACGGGAAACAAGCCAUCCGCCCGGUGUUUCUUUCUCCUGCCCUGUGUCAACUCUCCUGACCGACUCAACACUUCAGAUUUUUCAGAUAUAAGAGGUGGUCAGAUGUCAGAACACUAACUCCUGCUGUGACUGAAACUUAGAUGCAUACCAUCUUGCCCCUUAAAUGUGAUUUUGCAGAGGGUCUGGGUUUCGUUUUGUUUUCCAUGCAUUGUCAUCUUUCCUAACUGUGAUGCUACUGCCUCCCCAAAAUCUAGUGGAAGCAUUUUCUUAAAUGUCCUGGUCAGCCGGGCCUCCCUGAGGUUCUGCUCGCUGGGGGCCUGGGAGCUAAGAAGAGGACUGUGCAGCUAUAAGACAUAGAUCCUGCUCCUAGUUCAACGUUCACAGGAAGUAUAAGUUGGCGUAUUAUUGCAUUUGUGCUGAGGAGAGGGAUUCUCUCUCUCUCUCUUUUUUUUUUUUCAAACAGAGUGACAUUUCCUGUUUACUUAGAAAAGGACACCCAGCAAUUCUAGCUAUAACAGCAGAGCCUUUCAAAGAAAACCAUGUGGUACCAAACAGGGCUGGGUGGAGCUCUUUCAGGAGGGACAAUUAAGGUGGCUCUACUGACAAGAAAAAUUAAGGCUCUGCAGUUAGCAGCAACGGUCUGAGUGAGCUGCAAAAGCAAGGUUUCUGCCAGAAAGCCCAAUUAAUUGCUGAAAAUGUGAGGAAAUAGUGUCUGUGAUUGUGGCAUGUGGUUCAGAAUGUUAGAAAAUGAGAGAGAGAUCUUUGGCCUCCAUUCAUCCCUCCUCCCCCUGCCCCAGCCCCAGAUACCAUUGAUCUUGCCAGAAAACAGAUUCAGGAAAAGAAAGCCUCUUUCUAAAAAUUGGGUCUGCCUACCUGAUUCUGCUGUUCAUCCAAACUGUCUCUAGUCUGGAGAUUGUCGGGCAUCUGCAUUGUUGUAAAUUUUAAAUCAGGGAGACAUUCACACGUAAAGCCAUUUGGAAAUGCAAAGUGAUACCUUGAGGGACAGUAGCCCCAGUGACACUGGACUUCAUAGCUGGCAUCCCUGAAGCAGGUCCCGUCUUCUGUCUUCCUCUGGGCUGGGACACCGGUCAGGGUGUUCUCUGUGGGAUCACAGCCUGCCAUGCCCAAGGGGCCCUCUGGCAGGCACGGCAGCCUCUCCGGGUGGUGUUUGGCUGCUCAUUUUAUCUGUGCAAUCUGCCUGGGCCUGGAAGAGAGAGGUCAGCAGGACAUUCCUAGGGGCUGUCAGCUACAUGACCUUCUCACCCCUCAGGCCUGCCCCUCCUCCAAGCUCAUGCUUGUUACUCAUCAUCUUUGAAAUCUGAAGCCUUUUUGUAGACGUGCAGCAGUGACCAGAAGCCAGGAAUAAAUCCCAUAUUAAAACAAUAUUCCUUUUUUUAACUCUCUCUUUCUUGUGAGAGGGUUACCUCUUACUUAUUAUAUAGGCGUUUUCAGCAGGCCCAGCCCUGGGGCCUCGCUAAGGAGAGCCUUUGUUUCCAAUAGUCAUUACAUUCAAAGCUGUCUUAACCCCAGAGGCCCCUCUGCCUCCCUCUCCCUCCCUAAUGAUCCUGGUAGAGCUCCAGACUGCGGAGUUCAGACUCCCUGAAAAGCUUCUUUCAUUAACAUAAGCCAUUAAUCGACUCCCCCUUGAAGUAAUUCUGGUCUGGGGGGGCGGGGCAGCCUGGGGUUGGGGCUGGCAGGAAGAGGGUGGUUCCCUGGGGACCAGGCUUAGGGCCAGAACAUCAGGAAAACUCAAACCAAAAACUGCUAAGGUGGCAGGCAGAAGGAAAAUCAAUAAAGACUAGAUGAGAUCUAUUAGACCGAUAGCAACAAAGCCGGGGAAGAAACAGGACGUACCCUCCCUUCUGCCUGCUGUAAUAUUGCGGGAGAACAAAGACAGCAGUCACAAACCAAGAAGGGACCCUGUGUGUUAUUCUUCCAUAUGGACUUGUUUCUCCACCUCUCUACCCCUUGAUUUCUCUUCUUAGAAAAGACAUAUUUGGAGACCUGAGCAGGAGUUUUUUGUUUUUUUAGUUGAAUGUAGCCUGUGCAGUAAUAACAGCAAACUUAAGACGUGUAUCUCCAUUGACUCAUUCAAAAGAAAAGCAGAAAUGUGCAUGGAUGUCGUACUCUUGUCUUCUGUGACCCCCUAACUUUGCUUGCUGGACCGCCUUUCCUUUUAGAAAGGUCUCCCAUGUCCACUGUAGCUCUGAAUGCGUAAACCAUCUCCCGAGCUGCGGAGCUCGGUUUCCAGGGAAUUUCAUUGGAACGCUGGGUUGGGUCAGAAUAAGGUAAACCAGCAGAACCCCACCGGCCAUGAGACCGGCCAUCAAACAUCCCCUUCCAAAGGGCCUUUCUUGGCCUUCUUGUCACCUAAUCCAAGCCUCCCAGGUGGCCCAAGAGGGACCUAUUCUAAUCUCCUGGACAGUCAGUGGUCACAAACCUUCUUGGUCACCACCUUUUCCACCUUUUGUGCAGUUUUCUCUGCCUCCUAUUGUUCCCACCACCUGGAUUUUCUAUGAGAGCUCAGGUUCUUCCCAAAGUAUGCGGCGUGGCCUGUCUGGCCUGUUCUGGGGUUAGCUAGAUUAAGGUAGAGCCAGGCGAUUAAAGAGAAACUCUCCGCUCUAUCAGUGUAGAGACUGCCGGCACAUGGACGCACAACCAGCAUCUCAUUUCAGCUACAAUAGAAGGAAAAUGAGAGUGUGUGCAAAAGCAAAGGCCCGGGAAACAGCCCCACUUGCUCCUCUUUUUCUAACUCCUUUUCUAUCUACAAUGUCCUCAGAGCUGUUUGGAAUCAAUCCAGAAUGUGCCUGAAUCCUAUUGUUAUUGCUGGGUCCUUGCAGUAGGAAAGAAAACCCAGCUGCUCCAAACUGUAAAUCCUGUACCACGUUACAGCCCAGCUCCCAUGCAGGCCUGUGCCUUGGAAGCCAAACCCAGCAGCCAAGGGCUUCUCGGGCCCAGAGUGCCGGCCCUGGGAGAGAAGAUAGACGGGUCCUAGCCCAAGCUCCACCACUAACCAACAGUGAGACCCAGAUCUUGCUGGGGAGAAUGUCAGUCAUCCAACAGCCCUAGUUUCCCUGUCUGUAAAGGAUUGGGACUAGUUGGCAAUUGGGACCAUUUCAGGAUUCUAGAGAAUCUUCAUGAAAAGGGGGAUUACCUACCUUUUGAUGCUAAACUCAUCUUUAUACACACCAAGUAGGUUCAGUUUUGAAACUAAAACAUUGGGAAAUAGGCAUGUAUACAAGAGUUCGAGAAGUUGUUUGGGGAGCCCCCAUGGAUGGGCCAGAGAACAUAGGUCUCAUGUUGUUUGUGCUUCCAGCCUCGUAGGAUCUGGAGCAUUAUCUGAUUUAAUGCUGGUGCAACACUUACCUUUGCCCAGGAAAGGACCCACCCUGUCAGGCAGAUGACUCUCCAAUCACACUGCUAUCACAGAGGCUGUUUCCUGUAGUUACCUCUUCCCACUUCUCACUUUAUUCUUGAAACUUGGUCUUAAGUAGAUCUAGGCCUUCAGAAACAGAGUUAUUGAUUUCACCUAAGCUGGCAAAUGUACCUUCAUUUACAGAUCUCACCAAAUCAGAAUUCAGGUUUAUGCCAAAAACUACUGCACUGCUCUUCUGGAUAUCUUGAGAUAUCAAGAGAGAGAUGGGAAAAGAAUCGUAGUGACAGAAGGGAGAGUCCAAGGUAUCAUAGAGAAGGUUCCAGUGAAGGAUUAGGGCACGCCUGAGACUUUCUGAACCCUGGGAUCCUUUCCAAAGCAUCUCAUGGGAAUACCCUCUGAUUCCCUCGCCAAAAUAGAAUAUGAUAGUCUCUAGGUUUUUUCUAUUCAAUAUCAAAAUGGCCUUUACUUAGUUCUUCACUAAAACACCUCACUUAUUUGUGCACUAGAGGCUCUGAAAGCAGGGACGUCUGAAUUUGGCCUUUACCUGGUAUUCCGAAAGACAGCUGGUUGGUUGUUUAGGUGCUUAUCGGCUAUAUAAUUGGCUUCCCUUUGACCUCUAUAUCAUGUUGAACUUAGUCUAGCUACCAAACCUACAGAAACACCAGUCACUUUGCGACAGCAAAAAGCAAUCUACACAAUGGGACACUCUAAAACGAACUGUUAUUUCUUACAGUGUUUGUUUCUGCCAAGCAAAGUAUGUUUUAAGUAAAGCUUCUCUCGCAAUCUGUGUAAUGCAGACAAAAGAAAAGUGUCAGGAUCUCCUAGGUAUUUCGUGUGUCCCUUCACUGUGUCAGGUGUGGAGUGACAGCUCUCCAUGUAAUGCCCUUUUGCUCUAAGUAUUGACAGUGUCUCACCUUCGGUCUUUCUCAGACAAUAUCUAGAUGUAGUUUAGUAAUCCCAGGAUUUUGAGUUACAAGGAUACAGUUCACGGGUCUGCUUAGGCCCGUGUGUUAGGCUAGCAGGGCUGGGGCAGGGGGGAGGGCUGGGCAGAGCAUUCGCUGGUCUCGUGUCAUCUCAUGUGAUUAUUCGAUAAAUAUUUAUGGAGCACCUUCGUGUGCGUGGUUGAGGCACUGUGCUUCACCUCAGGAAGCUGUUUGGGGAGCCUCAUACUGACCCCACUCCAUGUUGGAACCCCCUCCUAUAAACACAAGGUGUUGUUUUUUCCCAAAUUUAAAAGAAGUCAUUGGUGGGUAGUGCAGGGGGUCCUUGGAAAUUGGAAAUACCUCCAAGAGGAGGAGGAAGCCCUCAGUGUCUGGACUUUGUUGAAGGGACUACUAACUAGUACUGGAAAAAUGGAGCCACGCGUGUGCUGUUUCUUUAAAUGUCUCGGCAGGAAACCGCCCUAAGGUAUUAUCCCAGGAAAGGAACAGCAGCGAAGAUAGCCCCAUCUGCAUAAUGAUGUUCAUUUUUAAAGUCCCAGUGUCUUCCAGGACAUUCUUUUCAUGGCCUGAAACUCGAGGGGGGCGGGCAGUCUGUUCCCAGAGGGCAGUGCUGGCGUUUUCUCCCCAGCGGAGUCAGCAAAGCCCUCGGCUGCUGCGAGUCCCCUGCCCUCAGCUUCCGGAUGUUUCCUUUCUGAUUCUGAGGACUUGUGACUGAGUCAAGUGUCUUUGCAGAUAUCCUAGAGCAGCUUUUCCCCUCCACCCUCCACAGAUAAGCCACCCAGAAAACAAGUUCUGACAGUCCGUGGCAGGAGAUUUUCAGAUUUCAGUUUCAAACCAGUGCAUGGUUGUGGCAAAGGGUCUUGGAGCUGCUAAGGACCUUUGGGGCUCUGCGGGAAGGCGGAGCAGAGAGGGAGUUGGUCAUGACCCUCCCCCUCCCCUCUGAGAGCUCUGAUUCCUGUUUAACCCACUAGCACUGCUGUCCUCUCCACCUGCCCUAGGCAGUGCACACUCAGCUUCCUUCCUUUCCCCUCGGUUCUUCCUUCUUGUUCCUCCUCGUGUCACUCUGACUCUGGCAGUAUACAAGGCAAGGCCCAGCUUGACUGGGGCUAAAGAAUGUGCUGAUCGGUCUGCGUGUGGUGGAGGCCAGAGAAUAGAACACAUGAAGAACGUGAGUGGGAGCAGGGAUGUGGGCUCUAGACUCUUGGCCUUGACUCAGCUCCCUGUACUGGGCCAGAUUUCCCUCUGCUUCUCCAUUCCUGUGGGCGAUAGAUAGAUGGCACCACUGGUGUGAAACCUCAGAGAGGCCCAUCCCUCGGAACUCAUUGGCCUGUGGCAGGUAGACCCGCCUCUCCAUGCCCCCAGAGGGUCUUACUUGGUGCAGAAGGCUGGGUGCGUUUCAUUCCAAUGUAAAUGCUGAUGUUGCAGAGGUUGCCUCUUCUCUGCCUGCCCUACCACAUUCAUGCUCCCCUUAGACUCAAGAGGGCCCAGAACUAGAAGGAGAAGAAAGCAGCCUCAGCCCUCUGUUCAGACUAAGACAGCGUUUAACACCAGGCAAGCGGCCCACCCUAGAAGCAGGGAUGCAGGGUCCUAAGCAGCUCUCAGGUGCCUGGAGAGUGACUGGCCAAGCCUGCUCAGACCCAGGCCACACCAAAGUGAGCAUCGUGGGUUUGCGGGUCAGCAUGGCCCAUAAGACGGAGGGAAGGAAAGGCCUAGCAAGCUCAACCUCCUGUCAGCACACAAAGGGUUUCUUUCUGCAUUUGUAUUGACUCAGAAGAGGACCCACAGUGCAGAGAAUCCACCGCUGUCUAUGGGAAUUGUGCCUUCAGGGAGAACACACAGAAAAUUGGCUAUUUUAUUAUGUGCAAACAAACAUAAAUUUGUUUGAAGUUACAGAGUAUCUCUCCUCUCACACCCAAGUAGGCGUCCAAGAAGGAAACUCGGUCCUUGCCUUUGACAUUCGCCAGGCCUGUCUCGAUAGAACAGGACAGAUUCAUGGCUUAAUCUCAUUUCCACCACUGUUGUUAUACAUUCAUUGAACUGCAUCUAUGUCCUAAAUCAAGUGGAAGAAAAAAAGAAAUGUUCUUUCUUGCUAUGUGCUUUCACAGCAUCCAAAACGCGGCCGUGUGUCCUCGCCCUGACCCAAAACAGACUGAACAGAUUAUGUGUCCUUCAUGGAUGUCUAGAUCCUGUAAAUAAAUUCCUGGGAGAGCCUUGCCUUUCAGGUGAACCCCCAUUUCCACAGGCUGAACCCACAACCCUCUCUCCUUGCACUGAGAUCUUGGCAAUGGUCCUGUCCUUGGUUUUGGUGUUUGGGCGUCUUGUUUUGUGUCUUUUCUGUUUUUACUGCUCUGUAAGACCUCCUGCUAUGAAUGUCCCAGUUGCCCCAACUGUACUCUCUCUAUAUAUGUGCUGCAUGUGUGAACCCCAAUAAAUUCCGUUUCGGGUUU